GCUGCUAUGUCCGAGACGGCUCCCGCAGCGCCAGUCGAACCUGUGGUCGUCCCUAUGGGGAAACCGUCAACCAAGCGGCGAGGGAAGAAGCCGGUUGGCUUAACGGGUGCGAGUCGCAAGCCUCCCAUCCCCUCCUUGUCGCAGCUCAUCACCGAGGCGGUGUCCAUGUGCCAGGACAGGGCAGGCAUGUCCCUGGCCGCGCUCAAGAAGGCGCUGGCGGCCGCCGGCUACGAUGUGGAGAAGAACAACAGCCGCAUCAAGCUGGGGCUCAAGAGCCUGGUGAGCAAGGGCACCCUGGUCCAGACCAAGGGCACCGGCGCCUCCGGCUCCUUCAGGCUCAGUAAAAAAGCCACUCCUGAACCCACCAAGAGCAAGGUCAAGAAGUCUCGGUCUCGCAAAACCAAGAAGGGGAUCUUAACCCGGGACUCCAGGUCCCCGAAAAGUAUCAAGACCAACAAGAAAGUGAAGAAGCAGAGGAAUACAGCUAAGAAAGCUGUCCGUGGUGGCAGGCCCGUUAAGGGAGUCCAGGGCAAGAAGCAGAGUAAGAGUCCGGCCAAGGGCAGACCAGCCAAGCCCAAGCCUUCCAAAGCCAGACUGCCCCAGCAGAAGGCUGGUCAGCGGAAGCUGUCCACGAAGAAGUGA